AUGUCACACAGGGACAAUGAAGAUACCGUGUAUGACAACAACGACCUCCGAGACAGAUGGGAGAACAGAGCCAGGAAGUUCAGUGAUAUGGAACAACAAGAGCAGCGGAGGCAGGAAAAGAGUGCACUGAAUGGGUAAGAUGUAAUCUGAAUUUAAAAAGACUAACAUGCACCAACAAAUAUAGACCUACUAUAUGAACAAACAUUUACAUUUACAUUUUAGUCAUUUAGCAGACGCUCUUAUCCAGAGCGACAAACAAAGACACACACACACACACACACACAAUAUGGUGACCUUUGAAGUGAUCAACCAUAAUUUACAGUAUUCUAAAUAAAUGUUCAGAACCUCUCUGAUUUCUCAUAAAAAGAGUGAAAGAAAUGAAAAAAAUGAAAGAAAAAUUGUGAAUUUCUGACUUCCUCCUAUCCCUCAGCAUCUUAUAAUCAAACGGCUAUGAGAGUUUUUUCUACAAAGGAAUCCUGUUUUUCUAAGAAGGGCUGCAAAGUGAGGAGCUUUGGGGGUGUAGAUGGCUGAUUUAGAUGGAGGCCACAGGUAUCUAUUUGUGAGGGUUUUUUAUGUGCUCUUGAUGGCUUGUCACACCGCAGAGCACAGGUCUACAAUUCCAGUAGGGUCCCUUCUGAUGACUACACUGUGAGAGGGGAGCGGUGGUUGUGGGUCUGUUUGAUGCAUGCACUCUCUCUCAUUUCCCUCGAAAACUUUGAGAAGAUUAUUUUUCAUCUCUUCAUACAGCAACAUAUUACCUCCUGAUGUAAUUGUUCUGAUCUUCUAUUCAGAGUGCUCUUGAUUUUCUGGGAGAUUCCUUUCCCUCUCAUGAGUUCAUUUAAGGGCUGGCAUUCAAUUGUAACCCAGUGCUUUUCUUUCUUCAAAUCACACCUAUUGCUAGGUUGCACCUCUGUCACUCGGUCGCAUCAUGCCAUUGUUAUGAAUGUUCUCAAGCCGCCCUCUACUGGCGGCGCCAUAGUGGUGCCCUAAAGUGGUGAUAAGCACAGUCAUUCUGGACGGAGGCUAACUACUGUUUAGUCUAAAUUACACUAUAGUUUCUGGAAAUACGAUGACAAAUAUUUAGUAGGAAACAACUUUGCCAUCAUUAUCAUGUCGUAAAAAUACUUUAGACAGAUGGCAAUGUUGUCAUUAGCUAGCACAGUUAACGUUAGCUAACGUUAGCUAAAAUCCGGUGGCCUCCUCUCAAUCUUAGCUAGCUAGCUAAUGUUAUACUGCAUCUAAAGUCAAUCUGGAGACAUCAAAAUUAGGUUUUCCUACUAAUUAUUUGCCUCCUUUUGAAUGUCAUUGUAUUUCCAAGCCACUGUAAUGCACUUUUGAUGAAAUCUUCAUCAGCGCUCAUUGAUGAUGCACUGAGUAGAAUGCUCAGUCAGGCAACAGUCCAAAACUAACAUGAACCCAUGAAUAGUAAAAAAUCCAUGUGCGAUUCAAAUAAAAAUAAAAAUUCUAACUUGCCAUUGUCUUGUGUGCUCCAUAGGCUUUUUCAAGAGUGGAAUUAUUGCUUGGCAGUCAGAAAUGGCACGGCAACGGACAACAAACCGAAGGACAGACCUGGGUGACUGAUGACAUUGAUAUCGAUGAGAAUAGCAUUUGGAGGAGAAGUUUAAGGUGCAAGCUAUACCAAGGGUUGUUAAAGUUGCCAGGCCCAAAACCCCUCCACCUGUCAAGAAACAUGGACCAGCUGGCAGAAAAUGAGCCCACACCACCCAAGUCAGCUCCAAAACCAGGGCCAAAACAAGAGAAGCCCAAGAAUGGACCCACUCAGCAGCCCCAAGCCAGCAAACUAUCACCUCCUCAGCCACCCAAAUACAAUCUCUCCCAGGCAGGUUGGAAUGAGUCAUGGAAGAGCCUGAAGCCCACAUACCAAGGUGGGGUAGGGUCACAGCAAGCAGCCACUGAACACAACAAACCUCAAGAUAGAAAGUCGAUGUUAUACAGCUUUGACACAGAAUGGAAUGAGUCCUGGAAGUAUCUGAAUAAUAUGUUCCAGCAUGAAGGCCAAUCUGAGGAGAAAUGGUGGAGGGCUUUUAAAGACAAAGCUCUCAUUGAAUGGGCAGUCCUUCAAGACUCUGAAGCCGCAACCAGAGGCGUGGGAGCAGGAAUGGCCCAUGUACAGUCAUGAACCAAGUAACAAACUACUGAAGACUAAGCCUUUGGAUGAUAAAGUCAACCUUCCAGGGUGGAAGGAUGCUAGGAAGACUUCAACGCCUUUACCCAAGCAGCACACUGAGAACAAGACGAUUACAGAAAGAGUACAUCCCGAAGCCUUCUUGCCAGGUUGGACAGAAUCUUGGAAGGUCCCAGGUGAGAAUGUCCAUAACAGUGGUCGAUGUCUGAAGGAUUGGCGUGAGUCCUGGAGUUUGUGCCAAGAACACCACUGCAGCAAGACCUUUAUGGACUCCCAGUAUCACCAUCAUGCUAUGAUGAUGUCAAAGCGCAUGCUGUCCAAUGAGCUGCUGAGCUCCAAGCUUGAUGAGGAGAUCCAAUCUUUAUCAGAGUGGAUUAUUUUUUGGGUCCUGUGCAGUUGUAAACAAGGCAACAGUAAACAUGUCAUCCCCCACAAAUGAUGCAGUGCGCAGUCAACGGGUCUGAAUACUUUCAGAAUGCACUGUAUACCGCAACUGUUAAUGUUAUGUUUUAAGCACAUCUAGCAACAUUAGCAUCUGGUUUUUGAGUUGGAGGAUGAUCAGUAUGGCAAAAUAAUAAAUCAAAAUCAAUCAAAUCAACAAGUAUACAAGUUACUUCAGGUCUAUUUUCUAUGUUAAUUCAAAGCUUAAAAAUGCAUAUAUAUAUAUAUAUAUAUAUAUAUAUAUAUAUAUAUAUAUAUAUAUAUAUAUAUAUAUAUAUAUAUAUAUAUAUGAAAGUUUUUCUCAAAUUUGCACACAGUGUUCACCUUUUGACAUUUUUCUGUUCCCUGCAAUCAUUACGUAACAAAUCUGCUGUUACAGGGAGCCACAUGACAAAACCGUUUACAUAUCAUGUGUCGUGACAGCGUUUUAACUACUUUGCAGAUUUGAAACAAACAGACAAUGAUCAGUCAAAAAUAUCAAAUUUCCAGUUUAUGCUUCAAAACCAACUUCAAGAGGUUUUAAAAAUAGGUUCUAUUUUAUUAAAAAUUCCAUGACGUACAGUAAGGUAUUGUUGGAAGAAUAGAUGGAUGCAGUUCAAUGCAUAAUUAAUAUAAUUCACAAAUACAUUUCUUGGUAGUCCAAAAAAUAUUGCUAUCAGGUUGUAAAUCACAGCUGACCUGGUACAUUGUUUAAUGCCUCCACCCAUUCGGGAUGCACUGUUUCAGUUUCAAUGACUCAAUAUUUUGAACAAAAACGGACGACUGUAACUAGGACUGGGAAUGUCAAUACAAUUACAUUUACGUCAUUUAGCAGACACUCUUAUCAGAGCGACUUACAAAUUGGUGCAUUCACCUUAUAGCCAUUGCGGGGGGGGGGGGGGGGGGGGGGGGGGGGGGGGGGGGGUAAGGGGGGGGGUAAAAGGAUUACUUUAUCCUAUCCCAGGUAUUCAAUCAAACUAGCAAGGGCAAUGAUCACAAGUCAAUCAUAACGUGGCUAAUAGACUAGCGCACAAGUGUCAAACACAAGGCCCGCGGGCCGAAUAGGACACACAAGUGAGUAUAAAUGAGUCAACAGUUGAGUCAUCUACUUUAUGAAAUUAUAGCCUGAUGCGCUUGCAUCUGUGAAUUUAACUUCAAUUGCGAUGCUUUCCUGUGUCCCGUUUACAGCGCACAGCAGAGGGAAAGUGUACAGACACAUGCCACAGUCCUAGCUAGGCUACUAAAAUGUUGCAGUCUGGCUUCGGUUUUUAAAGCUUGACAAUGAAUAACCAAAAAACUAAACCUGCAACAAAACACCAUGCAAAGGAGAAAGAUGUAGGCCUCUUACAGCAACAUUUGAGCAGUAGCCUAGGCUGGCUACUCAACAACAACUACUACUACUUUACAGUUAGUAUAUCUCUUAGUUGUCAAUCAAAUGUAUUUGGCAUCGAUCAAAUGGGUGGGUGGGUGGUCGGGCAGGCAACUUCCCAUUCAGUUGUCAAACCGUGGAUUGGGACAAGCAGGCAUUGGCACGCAAGCUGCAGAAGGAUGAGCACUCUACUAUUCCCCAUCGUUUAUCAGUGCAAUUUUGACUGCCAACUAGCUGAAAAAGUUUGAGAGGGUUCAUCUAAAGUUCCCUCGUUAGAUUUUAGCUCAUCUCGCGUUAGUUGUUGAUCUUGUUGUUGUUGAUGUGCAUAGGCAACUGAGGGAGAGAGAGCCUACCUUUUCAUGGUUGUUUGAUCAAUAAGAUUGUGAAGUUCCCAAAUGUAAGAGGACUCCCGUGGUAUUUACAUAUUUGCAGAAAUCCAUUCAGGUGUAUUAUGUGAUUUUGGCGAAUGCGUUCUAAUGAUCUAAGGUCGCGCUGUUGCUACUGCCUGUAAACACACAGUCCAGUUCAAAGUGAAUGAUGGCAGGCCCGUUUGGCAAAUGGCUUAUUUGCAUGUAGGCCUACUGCAGCUCUGAUUGGCAAUUUUUAUUUUUAUAUUUUAAUUUCACCUUUAUUUAACCAGGUAAGCCAGUUGAGAAUAAGUUCUCAUUUACAACUGCCACCUGGCCAAGAUAAAGCAAAGCAGUGCGAUAAAAACAACAACACAGAGUUACAUAUGGGGUAAAACAAAACAUAGUAAAAAAUACCACAGACCGGCUAUGGUGCACAGGUCUGCGUAGACUCCAGUCCUGGACAGGACAGAUGUUUUUAUUAGGUUAUAUUUACUGCAGUGUCUAUUAAUUGUCCAAAUGCACAGCCGUUUUCCCACUCUAUAUUGCUAUAGAAUUUUCCAAAAUGUCUUACUAUAUGUCAUUCCCAAACUUUCUAUGAAUUUAUGAAAACGUGAAAAUGACCAUAUCUAUGUCAGAAAAUGUUUUAAAAAAAGGUGUCAUAUUCUUCCUGGGGGUGUAUAUGAACAGACUUUAAUAAGAUGUAAUGUUGCUAAAAUGCUGUCAGUUCCACUUUAAGAGACCACAGCCACACAGCGAGCUGGAAAAUAAUUGAAUAAGACAUCAAUUGCAAAAUGUAAAUAUAACAAUACUUUUUUUCAUACAAAUUUACAUGCAAAGAAUAAUGUCAAGACGUAAAAACAAUGAAAGACUAAACACUAUCAUGUAAUAUCUCUGGUAUAAAGUUAACACAGGUUAAAUGCAAUAGUGCACUAUAAUAUUUAAGUUCCAAAACAAAAAAUAAACAUUUUACUCUACAAUUGACAAUUAGGUUGUUUAUUUUGAACUGUCUCUGAACUUUCUGAACUCAAUAAGGCUUUUGCAAAUUGAAAUACAAUCAAAGCAAGUAGCGUGGGAAGACCAUAAACCGUUAGAGGAAAAUGGGAGUGAGGACUCAGAUUACCCUUACACUCAGUGUUAUAAACUACAUGGAAUUUAUGGUGUGUCAUGGACAUGUGGAAAUAAUGUGGAAAUGCUUGUAUUAAAAAAUAAAUAAAUCUUAAAGCCACAAUCCGGAAUUGGAUUCAGCCCAAAUGCCAGUGAGUUUGUUAGCCAAUUGAAGCAUUGGGGGCGGGUCUAAGACAAGCACAAACACGGUUCCCACUCACAGUGAAGGAGCAAGGUAGGGACAUUGUAUUUAUUUAUUUAUUUAUCAUUCAAUUAUCCAGAAUAGUCCCAUUGAGAUAUACAUCUCUGUUUUAUGGGAGACCUAGCCAAGAAGUAAAGGCUAGCUAGUCUGUGUAAUGGAUUAUAAAGUCUGUAAAGUAGAUAAGGCCUGUUUUUCUGUACUAGCUAGCUAGAUAGUGUUAGCCUCAGUGGCUAUUUAUGGUGUUCAAGGAACAGCUGUUGUUGCUCUUCCAAAAAUAGCUGCUGUAGAUAUGGGCACUUAGUCCGGAGAGCGGCUUGCAUGCAUAUCAAUAAAUCAGACCUGUGCCAGAAAUGGUUGUAUAUCAUAGUUUAUUUGAAAAUUACAGCUUCUGUCAAUGAGUCCCAAAUAUUUUAUGAUAAAUCAAAAACUAUUGCCAAAUACUUGUUUGUAUUUCAUAUUAUUUUUGGCAUAUUAAUAGUUAGUCAUUGCUCUUUGCUAAGAAGCUAUUUUUGUUUUUGACCAUUUUGAUUGAAAACAAUCACAGUAAGGUACUUAAUUGUUACCGAGAAAUUAUUUGAUAUUGACAUAAAAAAGGCUGCAAUGGGCCAUUAAAACUCCACUCAUCCCAGAUCUGCAAUAAAUGAAUGCCAGUGUCUGGACAAUACUAACAUGCUGUCAUACAUGCAAUGUGUUUUUUUCUGUCAGGAGCUGGCAUGAUGUCGUCAGACAGGGAUAAAAGGGCUGUGUUCGGUAAAGGGAUCGCGUUCGACCCCUGCCAGCUCCGAGACCCUUGGGAGAACAGAGCCCAGAAGAUCAGUGAGAAGGGACAGCAGGAGAAGGAGGGGCAGGAAAAUAGAGUCAUGAAUGGGUAAGAUCACAAAACAAAUAUAGUACAUGAACACACAGACUUUCAGAAAGACCUUCAGACAGACAGACAGGCAGACAGACAGAUAACAUGGGGGUUGUUGAGGUCUGCUCUGUUUCAUGGACUGCCUCUCAUUUUCUCCCCAAACUCAAGACUAUUCUUGUUCAUCUCCUCAAUAAUGUUAUUGUGUUUUCUUUUUUCUAAUUCGCUGUGGUUCUGUGUGUUCAUCCAUAGGCUUAUUAAAGAGCAGCACACUGGACUGAUGGCAUUAAAGAAGAAAGGGAAUGCCAGAAAGAUGGUGUAUUGCCCUAUACUGAAACGGUUUAGGCUUGAUCCUCCACUAGAUGCAGCCCUGCACCCACCUCCACCCCCACCCCCUCCCAAGAAAUCACCCAGACGGGUGAAGAUAGAGAUCCCCAAGCCAGUGGAGAAGAAGCCCACCCCACCUAAACCACCACCUCCUCCUCUGCCCAAAGUCAUUCUCUCUUACAAAGACUUACAAAGACGAUCUGAGGGAAAAUGGUGGAGGGGUAUUAGGGAUAGAGAACUACCGAAUGGUCCAAGUGAAUGGUCAAAGCCUUUUAAGUGUCGUCCACUGCAGUUCAGUAGAAUGCUUUAUGACCAAACAAUGUCCUGGCAGCGGGGAUGGCCAACAUUCAGCCGGGAACAAAGCAACAAACUACUGAAAGUAACACCUUUGGGUGAAAAAGUCAACCUUAAAGAGUGGAAGGAUUCUUGGAAGAUGUCCAGGCCUUUACCCCAGCAGCACACAGACAACCAGGGCAUUACAGAAAGAGUAAAGGCUUUCAGAGAGUGGCAGAAUCGCUUGUCAAUCAGCAGAAAUAGAACACCUACGGCAGUGGUGAAGAAAGGAAAGGACAGCGGCAUGUCUGACUUCAGGUCUAAAGUGGCACCUCCACCAAAGAUACAUAAAUCUGAGCCACCAACACCUGCGAAGAAAUAUGAACCACUCCUUCAGCUGAGGAAGGAGAGUUCUGAGGAAAAUAAGCCCCCAGCCCCACAACCCAAGGAGAAGAAGCUGCUUGCCAGCAAACCGUCAACUCCUCAGGAUGACACAGUAAAUGUUCCACGGUGGAAGAAAGUUUGUAGGACGUCCGAGCCUUCACUCAAGCAGCACACAGAGAACCAGAUGACUGCAGAAAUUGUGAAGACAGGGACGGGCGAUGAGCUGUCUGACUCCAGAAAGAUCGUGAUGAGUCUAGACAAUGAUGCUGACAUUAAUGCAGCACAUUUGGAGCCCAGGUUUGGAGUCCAGGUUUGGAGUCCAGGUUUGGAGGCCAGAUUUGGAGGCCAGGCCAAGGUGGUACCGCCACCCACGCCACCCACAAAGAAACGUGAACCACCCAAGAAAUCGCAGCUCGAUACCCUAAAAAAAACACUGGCUUCAUCAGACAUGCUUGAUCUCGAUGAAUGGUCAGAAGCCUGGAGGACUCAACCACUGUUGUUGAACAUUGACGAGCAAGCAUGUCUGGAGGCUUGGGAGCAGGAAUGGCCAGAGUUCAUAAAGGAACAAAGUGAUAAACGACUGAAUGCUAAGCCUUUGGGUGACAAUGUAAACCUUACAGAAUGGGGGAAUGCUUGGAAGACGCCCAAGCCUUUACCCAAGCAGCACACUGAGGACUUGACGAUUACAGAGACAGUAAAGCCCAAAUCCUUGACAGGUUGGAGAGAAGCAAGGAGGCUCUCUGGUGACAAUGUUCAAAACAAUCCUCCAAGUCUGAAGGAUUGGCGUGACUCGUGGAGUUUCUGCCAAGAAUAUCGCUGGUGGAAGGUUUCUAUGGACUCCCAGAUGUCAAAACAACUUUUUUCCCAUCUGAAGAAAAGGGGUGGAGGGCUUUUUUUGUUUUGUUUUUUGUUUUUCUUUGUUUGUUUUCUUGGACACAAUACAGACUUGGGACAAUAGGACUUAAUUACCAUGACAGCUUUGAAGCAAGAAGGACAAUAACUCAAACAUUACAAACAAAUAAAUGACACAACACAUUUAGGUUAAGACAUGAAAACAAUGACAACCAUGCAUUGCUACCAUUAUAACCGAAUUAAUUUCAAUCAACUUAAAGUAACUUUUUAAAGACCAAACUCAAAGAAAACCGUUUACAGUAUGUGAUGGGACAUGUAAGUAAAGAAAAGUAAGGGAAGGGAAGGAAAGGGAGGCUGGUAAAAGGUAAGAUGUUAUGGCAAGGAUUUCGUAAAGUUUAUGUAUGCAGAUGGGAUUAGGCUGGGGAGGAUUGUGGGCUGGGGGCCCUUGGGUAAUGUUUUUGCCAGCAGAUCAACUUUUGCAAAGAUGGUGGAUAAAUGAAGAUGUCUUACUCAGGUCGUUUACCAUUGAAAAAAAUGGUCACAGUUCCGGUCUACUUAAGGAAUGGCUCUCGGGUCUGGUCUAAUUAGUUAAUUGACUGUACUGUAUAUGAACCAGAAAAAAUUAAGGAGUGGGAUGUCUCGCUUCCUCUUCCGUCUCUGACUGUAGGAGGUUCCUACUCCCAUCAGGACCCAAACUGACGGUCCGAAGAGCUGCGCUAGUUGACUUCCAGAAACCCGAAGAAGCUUCCUUUUCAGAUAUGUAGUGUUUGAUAUUAGAAAAUGUGGGACACAUUUUAUUUUUAAGUGGGCAAGGAUGUGACAGGGUGGAGCUGCUAUUGUUGAGUUAAUUAACAUAGUGAUGUUACAUGUGAAUGCCUCCUAUUGGUCUGUUUGAACUGAUUCUUUGUGUUUUGUCUUAAUUGAUUGCAGGUGUGACUGCGGAGCAUGCAUCUCCUCCUGUUAUCUUAAAAUGGCUGCAUUUCCUGCCAACCAGGAAGAGGAAAAAAGAGCCGCUGCUACCUCCAAGUCCUCAGAUUAGCUCUAGCCUAUGGACUGAACUCCCAAUCACAGUUGACAAUAAUUAUAUCUAGUCUCUGUGUUAAUUGUGAAAUUCUGAGUACAUCUUGUCUGAUCAGUGUCUGUGAGGACUUGGAGACAGUCAGCAAAGGUAAUUCUUGUAUUUUUUUGUGUGUUUGUGGGCUUGGCUAUUCAAUGCAUGUAGCACUUUAAAGUCUUUCAAACAUUUUUGAGAGUGAUCCCUAUAAGUAUUGAAUGCAAUUUUUGUUACACUUAAUACAGUUUGCUGUGCGUGCACUAUAGAUGGGUUAGCUGAUAACGUCACAAACGAUUUGCACGUUUCAAUGGUGAGUUGUUGUGAUUCUGGAUGGCCAGAUAGCUUCCAACAUUGACAAGAAACCGCCUGUGGGGAAUCGUAAGUGACUCGUUUUAGCUAGUUUCAUCUUGUUCUUGAUAUGUGUCUUGUUGAGGUGUUUUGACAGAUUUCAUGUCAAUGCUAAUAUGGCUAAUAUUUGCUAGCUAGCUAACCAACAACUGUAGCAAUGUAUUUGAGAGACAAGUGCUCAUUGUGAAAAUUAAUGUUUUCAAUAAACGUUGGAGAAUAAAUAUAGUUUACAUGUUGUCAACAAUCUAAGCCAACCGUCUGUUUUGCCCCAUAGCUGUGCACGUGUUGGUUGCUAAACAACCAACCUGUCUAUAAUUGCUGUGCUUUGAGAUACUUUUACUAGCAUUAAUUGAAUAUUGCAUUUAAACAGAAGUCUUACAUGAAUGCCCUGUUGUACUAGACACACAACUGUAACAAACCGUGAAAUAACUAAAUAUUGCUUGUAAUAACAUUAAAGAGGGGCUGAACUUGCCGAUUCCAUCUGGGAUUUUUCAUUACUCAUUAAGAAAAACAAGAUUUGUUUGGAGAUGUGGUUCGAUGUGGGUGUGUUAUGUUCGCUAUAUCGUAUCCUGGCAGCAAUGUUUGUCCCUCUUCAGUCACUGUCCCAAACAGGCCACCGUACUGAAUGGCUUAUCAACCGCGUGACGCAGCAUGUCAACGCAAUUGGUCAGGGAAUCCUGCUUCGAGUGCACUGGAUUUCUAGAUGUAGCUAUCUUUGAUGAAAAAUUGUGUUUGUGAUGCUAAAGUUAGCUCACGAAUGUGAGGAUGUUUGAAACGCCCAUGCAGUCAAAAAAAACUAAACUCUUGUUCUUUCAAAAUAAUGUUUGCGACAAUAUCUUGUAUAUAUUGUUGUCUAAACAAGUCCAAGGCGCUGUGUGCUAAUGGUUAGUUCGGCUGUCUGUAAAUAAAUGGGUGGGUUGUAAGUUGAUUCUGGUUAGCGAUUGGAUAGCGUUCACUGCAACACACAGGGCAGCUGUUAUACGGAUGAUUUGAUGCUAGACUGUGUCAGGCAGUGAGCCAAUGGGGGCAGGAUUGAAAUCAAAACCCAACCCUCAUGUAAGUUGUGACAUCCUCAGUUACACAAUUCUCACAACUCUGUUUUGGAAUAUACUGACUUCAUCCUACUUACACAUUUUGUACAUUUUGGUACUGGAAUACAUUUUUCGGACUAAAAUCGAUGCCACAGGUCGUUUUCUACCAGAGAAGUUGGUUAUUGCAUUCAGUUGCACUUUAAAUAUUAGUUAAUAAUAAAAUAUAUUUUGUGAUACUACUGUACUAAUUUCAAGGAUUUUUUUCACUCUGCUCUAUUCAAAAAACUAAACAAACUGUUUGCCUGAGUAUCUGAGGACCUUCCCUCUAUAAAAAAAGGUAGCAUGAUCACAAGUGUUUAAUGUUGUGUAGUCAGCAGGAGCAGCUAUCUAUAUGUAGCAUUUAAAUCCCCCAUGUUACAUAAUCAUACAUAUAUUCUAUUUAGGAUUUUCUCAAUUUUGUUGUUCCAUAUAAUUGGAAUAUUUUGUGUUCAUAACAUUAGAAAAAAUAUGGCAGCGGUUAGAGACUUUAGACAAGACAACUUAUGCAUUUAUCUAUGACUUUUCUGAAAUUGAAAAAUGUAUGCCUUGUUUGAAAAAUAUGGCAAAUUUGGCCUCAGUUUUUUGACGAGAUUGUACAUGUUCACUAGGAUAUGAAUUCCAAGAAUGUCUACUGGGCUACUUGUCCCAUGAACGGCACACCACAUGGACUCAAAGUUAGUGUUUUUUAGGGAACCCAGUGUACAGUUGAAGUCGGAAGUUUACAUACACUUAGGUUGGAGUCAUUAAAACUCGUUUUUCAACCACUCCACAAAUUUCUUGUUAACAAACUAUAGUUUCGGCAAGUCGGUUAGGACAUCUAUGUGCAUGACACAAGUAAUUUUUCCAACAAUUGUUUACAGACACAUUUUUUCACUUAUAAUUCACUGUAUCACAAUUCCAGUGGGUUAGAAGUUUACAUACAGUAAAUUGACUGUGCCUUUAAACAGCUUGUAAAAUUCCAGAAAAUUAUGUCAUGGCUUUAGAAGCUUCUGAUAGGCUAAUUGACAUAAUUUGAGUCAAUUGGAUGUGUACCUGUGGAUGUAUUUCAAGGCCUACCUUCAAACUCAGUGCCUCUUUGCUUGACAUUAUGGGGAAAUCAGCCAAGACCUCAGAAAAAUAAUUGUAGACCUCCACAAGUCUGGUUCAUCCUUGGGAGCAAUUUCCAAACGCCCGAAGGUACCACGUUCAUCUGUGCAAACAAUAGUAUGCAAGUAUAAACACCAUGGGACCACGCAGCCGUCAUACCGCUCAGGAAGGAGACGCAUUCUGUCUCCUAGAGAUGAAUGUACUUUGGUGUGAAAAGUGCAAAUCAAUCCCAAGGCUGCUCAGCAAAGGAAGAAGCCACUGCUCCAAAACCGCCAUAAAAAAGCCAGACUACGGUUUACAACUGCACAUGGGGACAAAGAUCGUACUUUUUUGAGAAAUGUCCUCUGGUCUGAUGAAACAAAAAUAGAACUGUUUGGCCAUAAUGACCAUCAUUAUGUUUGGAGGAAAAAGGGGUAGGCUUGCAAGCUGAAGAACACCAUCCCAACCGUGAAGCACAGGGGUGGCAGCAUCAUGCUGUGCGGGUGCUUUGCUGCAGGAGGGACUGGUGCACUUCACAAAAUAGAUGGCAUCAUGAGGAAGGAAAAUUAUGUGGAUAUAUUGAAGCAACAUCUCAAGACAUCAGUCAGGAAGUCAAAGCUUGUUCGCAAAUGGGUCUUCCAAAUGGACAAUGACCCCAAGCAUACUUCCAAAGUUGUGACAAAAUGGCUUAAGGACAACAAAGUCAAGGUAUUGGAGUGGCCAUCACAAAGCCCUGAACUCAAUCCUAUAGAAAAUGUGUGGGCAGAACUGAAAAAGCGUGUGCGAGCAAGGAGGCCUACAAACCUGACUCAGUUACACCAGCUCUGUCAGGAGGAAUGGGCAAAAAUUCACCCAACUUAUUGUGGGAAGCUUGUGGAAGGCUACCUGACACGUUUGACCCAAGUUAAACAAUUUAAAGGCAAUGCUACCAAAUACUAAUUGAGUGUAUGUAUACUUCUGACCCACUGGUAAUGUGAUGAAAUAAAUCAAAGCUGAAAUAAAUCACUCUCUACUAUUAUUCUGACAUUUCACAUUCUUAAAAUAAAGUGGUGAUCUUAACUGACCUAAAACAGGGAAUUUUUACUAGGAUUAAAUGUCAGGAAUUGUGAAAAACUGAGUUUAAAUGUAUUUGGCUAAGGUGUAUGUAAACCUCCGACUUCAACUGUAAGUAGUGAGCACUUGUGAUAGUGAGGGCAUAACAAAACCAUCCAAUCCUGUAAAAAUAGAUCAGAGUCACUGUGGUUUAAAUAGACCAUAGAGCCAUCCAGACCUGACACAGAGACAUAGACACCAUUUUUAUCCAAGUGACGAGAGACAUUGAUUUUACAAUUUAUAACAUAUAGUGGAUUACAGAAUGAGUUUACUCUACAAAUAUCAGUAUCAUGGUUGUUUAAGGCCUCUGAACUCAAUAAUGCUUUUGCAAAUUGAAAUACAAUACCAGUUUGUAGCAUGGGAAGAACUAAGCACAUUAGGGAAAACAAAGUAAUGGAGGUGAGGAAAAGUCAGAUUGAGGUUAUUAUUUAAACAAAUUCAAUUUAACUUCUCCAGAAUUUUGAAAUAUCCUUUUUCUUCCACAUCGUAAACUACUUAGAACUACAAACACAUGGCAUGGCCAUAUGAUGAUGAUACUUACCCUUUCUCCUCAUAUUUCAGUGGAACUGUUUGUCUUUGUAAUGAAUCUACAGUAUAAACCACAACCUGGGAUUGUAUUCAUCCCACAAUUGAAGCUUCUUCAGUUUCUCAGCCAAUUAUAGCACUGGGGGUGAGUCAGUUUGGCACGUCACACAGACAAGAAACCGUACGCUGCAGACAGUAAAGGAGCAAGGGAGGAAGAUUUUAUAUAUCUUUCCUUAUCCAGACGAGUGACAUUGGGAAAGGAAUCCAUUUUUUCACGGGUGCCCUGGCCAAGAAGUAAGAACUAGCUAGUCUGUGUUAUAGAUCAUAAAGUUAGUGAGAUUUUUGUGUUAUUCUAACUAGCUAGCUUGUGUUAGCCUUAGUGGCUGUUUAUGGUGUCCAUGGAACAGCUGUUGCUCUACCAAAAAUAGCUGCAGCUUUUAAAUGGUUAUUUUUAUUCCUGUAUUAUUGUUUGCUCCGGGAAGACAAAUGCCUUAUUUUUAUUUAAUUUAUUUUGCCAAAUAUUAGCUCUUGAACUCUUAUACUCUUGAACUUAUGCAAGCCUUAAAAUUCAUGUAAUUCAUUCAUACCAGUGUCUCUGGGCAACAUUAACGUGGUGUCAUACACGCUAUGUGUUUUCCUGUCAGGAGGUGGCAUGAUGUCGUCAGACAGGGAUAAAGGGACAGAGUACGACAGCUUCCAGCUCAGGAACCAAUGGGAGAACAGAGCUAAGCAGUUCAGUCAGAAGGGACAACAGGAGAAGGAGAGACAAGGAAAGAGUGCCUUGAAUGGGUAAGACUGAACAUACAAGGACUCACAUGAACCACGAAUAAUCUUCCAAAAAGUGAACUAUCACUUCAAAGUACAUAAACUAUAUCCAUGGUUUGGAUUCAAAUGCAUAUUUUGUAAGACUGUGUGGCUUCAUAUCAUUAUCCAUUCAAUAUUUCUUAAAGCAUGUCAAUCUUUGAAUACCCAGGGACCUAUAGGAACAGCUUUAUCAGUCAUAACACCUUGAUAAUGCAUGUGCAAUUAAGCAAUAAGGCCUGAGGGGUGUGGCCAAUAUACCACGGCUAAGGGCUGUUCUUAAGCACCAUGCAACGAGGGGUGCCUGGAUACAGGCAUUAGCCGUGGUAUAUUGGCCAUAUACCACAAACGCCCGAGGUGCCUUAUUGCUAUUAUAAACUGGUUACCAACGUAAUUAGAGCAGUAUAAAUAAAUGUUUUGUCAUACCCGUGGUCUGAUAUACCACGGCUGUCAACCAAUCAGCAUUCAGGGCUCUAACCAACCAGUUUAUAAUAUACAAUACACUACAAGUGCAAUGCAUUAUAAUAACAUUUCAUGCUGGCCUUUGUUAAAAAAAACUAAUUUAAUUGCUGUUAGAAAGUGACUAUUGAAUAACAACCUACAGUAUAAGGGCAGUUUAAUAUUAUUGUGAUAUAUAUAUAUAUAUAUAUAUUUUUUUUUUUUACUCUGCUAUGGUGCUGUCUUCCACAGGCUUUACAAAAAGUGGCAGUCUCGCUUGGCGAACGAAAAUGGAACCGCUACAGCAGCGAAGAAGAAAGGAAAGGGCAGCGACAUGUCUGACUUCAGAAAGAUUGCGGUGAUCCCAGACACUGAUGCUGACAUCAAUGGAGCCAGGUUUAAGGUGGUACCACCACCAAAGAUACCCAAACUUGCUCCGCCCCCACCACCGCCACCCAAAAAGAAACCACCCAAGAGGGCAAAGCCCCAAGUUCCCAAACCAGCCAGGGGUUGGGAUGAGUCAUGGAAGAGCCUGAAGCCACCAGAGCAGGAAGUCCAACCUGAUGAAAAAUGGUGGAGGGAUUUUAAGCCAGAUAGAUACCUACCUCUCAGCGAAUGGGCAAGGCCCUUAAAGUGUCGACCACUGUUGUUCAGUUUCAUCCUUCACCAGCAAACAGAGUGGUGGCAACGAGGAUGGCCAGCGUUAAACCGGGAACAAAGCAACAAACUAAUGAAAGCUAAGCCUUUGGAUGUUGAAGUAAACCUUCCAGGGUGGGAGGACUCUUGGAAGAAAUCAAAAUCUUUACCCAAGCAACACACUGAAAACCAGAUGAUUACAGAAACAAUACAGGACAAAGCCUUCUUGCCAGGUUGGACAGAAUCUUGGAAGGUCGCAGGUGAAAAUGUCCAAAACAGUGGCCGUUGUCUGAGGGAUUGGCAUGAGUCCUGGAGUUUGUGCCAAGAACACCACUGGUGCAAGGCCCCUAUAGGCUCCCAGUUAAUGUCAAAACAUGUGUUGUCCGAUGAGUUGUUGAUCUCCCAGCUUGAUGAGGAGAUCCCAUCUUCAUCAGAUUGGAUAGAGUCCUGGAAAUCUGUGAAAUCUCAUCCCCAGUCCCAGGAGUCCCAGUCAGAGGCCAAAGAUACUGAAUCAGAGGUAGAAAUGUCCCAUGUGCCACUGCAUCUCCAGUUCCACAAGCUUAACACACCUUUCUCAAACUGGCACGAGUCUUGGAAAAUGUCAACUGCAAAUAACGAAGCAAUUGAAGGUGGAUGGAAAGGUUCCUGGAAGAUAUGUAGUCAGAAUCAAAAUCAAAAUGACACAAAAGCCCAAAGAGAUGUUGUGUUUUUAUCAAAUAUGUAUAAGACCCAAAGGUUCCGGGGUGUUGACAGCAUGCCUCAGAGUGAAUGGUCUAAAUCCUGGAAGACCCCCAAGCCUCCCCAACAUACUUUCUUGCCAGGUUGGAAAGAAUCUUGGAAACAAAACAGCAAUCCAUAUUGGAAGGAUUGGCGUGAGUCCUGGAGUUUGUGCCAAGAACACCACUGGUGCAAGUCCUCUAUGGACUCCCAGUAUUGCCAUCAUGCUAUGAUGAUGUCAAAACGCAUGCUGUCCAAUGAGCUGUUGAGCUCCAAGCUUGAUGAGGAGAUCCCAUCUUCAUUCGAGUGGAUAGAGUCCUGGAAAUCUGUGAAACCUCAGUCUCAGUCCCAGUCAGAUUCAGAAGAAACUGAAUCAGUGACUGAAUCAGAGGUAGAAAUGUCCCAUGUGCCACUGCAUCUCCAGUUCCACAAGCUUAACACACCUUUCUCAAACUGGCAGGAGUCUUGGAAAGUGUCAACUGCGCAAGCUGUAGCAGGUGAAGAUGAACAACAACAUCCUUCAACAGAAUGGACUGAUUCCUGGAAGAUAUCUUGGCCGAAUCUAAAUAAAAAUGACUCAAAACCCCAAAGGGAUGUUACGUUUUUCUCAAGGCAUAAGACCGAAAGGUUCUUGAGUGUUGACUGUAUGGUCCAGAAUGAAUGGUCUGAAUGCUGGAAGACCAUCAAGCCUACCCAAUACACUGAGACACGGGAGGAGGAGGAGGAGGAGGAGGAAGAUAGCUAUUCUGAUUCCUCUAAACACUUGUCACAUCUAAUAGAGAUUCCUUUAAAUGAUUGGGCAGAAUCAUGGAGGUUCAAGCCAUUGGAAGAGAGCCCUACCCCACCCAAGAGGGCACAGCCCCUAACCCCGAAACCAGAGGAGGAGAUGCUGCAAUCCAGCACACCAUCACCUCCUCAGCCUUACAAAGACAAUCUUAACCUGGCAAGCUGGGGUGAUUCCUGGAAGAGCCUGAAGCCCCCACAGAAGGAAGUCCCAUCUGAGAAAAAAUGGUGGAGGGCGUUUAAGCAGGACAGAAACCUACCUUUCAACGAAUGGGCAAAGCCCUUCAAGUGUCGACCACUGCUAUUCAGUCGCUUACUACACACACAAACAACAUCCUGGCAGCAGGGAUGGCCAGCGUUCAGCCAGGAACAAAGCAACAAACUACUGAAUGCUAAGCCUUUGGAUGACGAAGUAAACCUUCCGGAGUGGGAGGAUGCUUGGAAGACACUCAAGCCUUUACCCAAGCAGCAAACUGAGAAACAUAUGAUUACAGAAACAAUACAGCACAAAGCCUUCUUGCCAGGUUGGACAGAAUCUUGGAAAGUCGCAGGUGAAAAUGUCCAAAACAACAAUCCAUAUCUGAAGGAUUGGCGUGAGUCCUGGAGUUUCUGUCAUGACCAUCACUCAUACAGGGCCUCUAUAGACUCCCAGAAUCGGCAGUAUCUCCCAGUAUCACUAAAACACAAGCUGUCCAAUGAGCUGUUGAUCUCCCAGCUUGAUGAAAACAUUAAAUCCUCACCAGAAAGGAUAGAGUCCUGGAAAUCGUUACAAAAUCUACCUCAGCCCCAGUCAGAGCCCGAAGAAACUGAAUCAGAGAUAGAUAUGCCCAACGUGCCAAUGCAUCUCCAGUUCCUCAAGAUUAACACACCUUUCUCAAACUGGCGCCAGUCAUGGAAAGUGUCAACUGCAGAAAGUGAAGGUGAAAAACAACAGAGAGAAUGGAAUGGUUCUUGGAAGAUAUCUUGUCCGAAUCGGUCAAAAAACAACACAAAAGCCCUAAAUGAUGUGUUUUUGUCCAAUAAGCAUAAGACUUACAAGUGCCUGGGUGUCGAGCAUGCUGAAGACAGCAUGUCUCAGAAUGAAUGGUUUGAAUCUUGGAAGACACAGCAGCACCAGCAGCAGGUGGUGGACUGGGCAGAGUCUUGGAGGUUAUCUGUCGUCCCAGAAUCCAACAACUCAGUAUCACUGGACCGAUGGAAACAAUCAUGGAGACUCUCAAACCCAAAUCACCCACAUCAGCUUAACCAGGACACAGAGCCUCUCAUACACAUCGGCCCCAAACAUCACAGGCAACUCCACGAGGUUGAACUGCCCCAUGCAGAAUGGAGCAACUCCUGGAAGUACCUCAAGUCAGACACUCUAGCUCCUAACACGAAGAAGAAAACAGACAUACAGUAG